ACACUCAAACACAGAAUAAUAUAAUAUUGUCAAUUGAAUAUGUGUGAUAUUGAUAAGGACUGUUCACAAAGUACACAUUAAUUAAUUACACACUACAACUACACUGCAACUGCAGCCUGCCUGCUAAUAGUAUUAUACUGAUUGUUAUUAUUAUUACCUAGUUACAUGGCUAUCUAAAUUGUACGAUAUAUUAAUAUUUUGAUCGGCCAUAAUUUUUUGUCUUAUACGCAGAAGUUGCGAGUCUUGUGAAAUAUUUUUUGGCCAUGUUUUAUUAGGAUCAUUAAUCGCCAAAUUUUCUUUUUCGCCUGCGAAUGAUACUGCACAUUGUUGUGUAUUUUGAACGGGAUUCGUAGAAUAGAAUAUAUCGCAGCUACAACAUUAGUGUCAAGGUUUUUAUGUUAAACUGUUCCCUUUGACUACGAAGCCUGAGAUUCACCUGACUGUCAAUCAACAUUUCAAUUAUUGAUGUGUCAUCAUCAACACUCUGAACACUACUAGAUUUUGAUUUGACAUUUAUCUCCCCAUCAUGUCGCUGCCAGUGGUGAGUGAGUGCUCGCCGCAGCAGACAGCCAGAGUGUCGGUGGCAGCGGGUUCGUCGGGAUCGGUGAACGCGGCUGCAUCAGCUGCCGCGGCCGCGGCGGCCGCCGUCGUGGCCGGAGCACCGAGCAGCAGUACCAUGUCCGUAUCACGGGUACCCAGCCCGCCUCCUUCAUCCGAGGCGAACACACCCGUGGCGGAGAACUGGUGCUAUACACAGCCAUGCGACCGACGUGAUGGACACUACUGGCUGGAAAACCAUGAUUCAGUCGCACCCACACCUAAUAGCUGA